GCUCGAUCCGCGAACCCGACCAGAGCGUCCCGGACCACAGUUGGGGACGGUCGUGAUCCUCUCGUGUUACAGCAGCGACUCUCAGUGCUCCUGACACCUCUUCCCCCUCACUCUCUCCAUCCUGCCGGCGUGUCCUUCCCUCGCCAUCAUGAAGUACAGUCUCCUGCUUCUCGUCGCCCUCGGCCUGCUGUGCGCCGCUUCUGCUAAGCCCCACGGCGACGGCAAGCGGACCCACGUGGCCAAGCGCACCCGGGAACACGAACUCAGCAACCGCAUGGGCCACGGCGAUCACCACCGCCGAGACCACAGCCUUGGCCACAAGACGGACGCCCACAAGAACAACUCGACCCACAGCGCCCACCGCCCCGCCCAGCACAAGCUCGAGGGCGCCCACAAGGCCGAGGCGCGCAAGGCCCUAGCGCACAGGAACGCCGGCGGGAGCAAGGGCGCCAAGACCCCCGGAGGCGACGCCGGCAGCAACCACGGCGCCAAGGACCUGCAGUUGCAACACAUCACCGAGCACAACAUCGAGAAGAAACAUGAGGAUAAGCAGCAGAAGCAGGGGGAGCUCAAGAUUAAGCAGCACCUGCUGACCAACAGGAUCCCCAGCAGCCACCUCAUCACCAACAGGACGCCCAAGGUGCUCCCCGUCCUCCCUAGUGAGCAACCAAAGGAGGGGAAGAAGGUCAAGAAUGGCACCAAGGAUGGCAUCCCAAUGGAAUCUGAGCGACUGAUCCACGUCACCGCUCGUCCCCCCAAGGUCCACAAAGUGAACAAGAACCACCACAAGUCUUCACAGGCCACAGCCGCAGUCACCCCUUCCCCCUUCUCACACUCAAGCAGCCCUGCUGCUAAGCCUAAGGCCCACAAGCCUCCCAAAAAAUACAGCCCCAAGAAGCACGGCUGGAAGAAAUCCCUGCGCAAGGAGAAGGGCAAGGACAAGUCUAAGGACAAGGCCAAGGAGAAGAGGGAGAGGCGAGAAAAGAGGAACAAGGCACUCCACCGCGCCGUCGUUGCUAGGAAGCUGUGAAUCAACAGCCGCAGAUCCAAACACAAACAAAGGAGAAUGAAGUCCUUGAUGCACAAACAAAGAAAUUCCUCGCUCUCUCAACAGAUGAGGAAAUGAGUGAAACAAAUGCUAGACUAACAAAUCCUAAAAGAUCCUUCGCUCUUUUCAAUCUUGUGAGCAUGAAUAGAAUAAGAAAAAUAGAUGCCUUUUAGAGGUAUCAGUGUUUUCUUUAGUAUAGUCAUGGUAAAUAUAUCAAUGUAUGUUUAAUUGUUUCACCAUAAAUGUAUGAUAUUAAGUGAGAACUCCCAGGAUGUAUUAUCACAGAAACCAAACAGCAAUCACCAUGACUUUACAAUACUGUAAGUGCUACAUGAAUAAUUCUCUUGCUCAAUUCUCCUUUGAACUAAAUCUAAAAAUAAUCUUAUUACAUAGAUUGAUCAUCUGUGUGAAGGAAUAACAACAUAUAUAUGUGACUAAAGAAACAAGUAUCAAAAACAUAAGAUAAUUAUUCAACAAAAUAAUAACAUGAUUGAUGCACAUGUGACAGGACCAAAUUUGAGAGCAGGAUUCCAAAAAAGCAUGAAUUUCUAAUGACUUCAAGAUAACUUUUAUUUACCUCCUUAAGGGGCAAUAUGUAUAUAAUCUAGCGCUUUGAUCAAUUCCUUUGUAAUGAACACCUUUCAAAUUGUGCAACCUGCUUAAUGAGUCACUUUCUUAAGUCACCAUCUCCUUGGUCAUUUUACUGUCAUGCAUAGCUGUAGUAAAAGGCAAGUAAAAAAAAUAAAUUAAUUAAAUUAAACGACGUACCUUUAAAACAAAUGUUCUUUACGAGGUUCCGGGCAAUAGGGAAAUGAUAAGGAGUUGAUCUCUUCCUUGAGUGAACAGAGUUAGAUGUAGGAUAGCAAAAGGUCUAUGGUCCCAGAAUAUCUUCAGGAGAAAUUGGCACAAUUUCUUUUUUCCCUUUGAUGUUUCUGACAUGGAUAAGUUUUGUGAGAGGUUAUCCUUCCUUUAUCUUUUGUUAGCUAGUAACUGAGAUAUCCUUCCAUUCACUGGAUUAUGAUCAACAGAUGUACACUCUAGAAUAAUUAUGGAAAAAAAACAUUCCAACACUGUGAGGGCAAAAGACACACAAACAAAGAAGAAAAAUCCUCUUGCUCUUCACACAUUCCUUGUGAACUUGUAAGCUUCUACAUAUACUAUAAUAAGUAAAAACAGAUAGAAACUUUCAGAAUGAAAACAACCUACAUGUUUUUAAUUUGUUCAAAAGUUAGUUUAGAAUUUAGACAUGUUACAAGUGUCCUGUAUGGUAACGUAGGUUCAUCACUCAUUAGACCUGUGCCAUACUUAAAAUACAUUUUCAGCCCUUAUUCUUAGACAAUUGCUUCAGUUAUAGUGUACAUAGGACCUACCAAAUAUACAAGUCUGUAGAUGUAGAAAAAGAUGUCAAAUCCCCUAAAAUCUUAGAAGAAAUUCAAAAUCCAACAAGUUUUGUGAAAAAUAGGUAUUUUCUCUUAUAAAUUAUGGCUCCCAGUGUUCUGCCUCUGUUUAUUAGAAACUGGAGUAAAGUACCAAAAGCACACACAUAAUUUCUAAGAUCCAUCUUGACAGUGAAUAUUAUUUUACUCCUGUCCAAACCUCAACAAGGACAACACAUAGGGUAAACUGACUGCCUAUGUGUACCAAAUCUAUACAUCUCAGUUUCUUCAAUCACUUAGAUGGCAGCAACAUGAUCCAACUUACUGUAGCUUUGAUUAAUAUGUGAUCCUGCUACUUGAUACUUAGUCUGUGCCACCCUAUAAAGUACUUAAUUGGAGAUAUAAAAAAUUUCAUCAAAAUUCAAAAUAACGUUAAACAGAAUAAUAACGUUAUACAGAAUAAUCUUGUGAGUCAAGUCCCAUACAUUGCAUUUUACGUUUGGAUUUGAGCUUUCAAUCAGUAACGUCUUUUUGGUAAAUUCCUUCAGUUUACAAUACAACCUGAGGCAAUGCAACUGGUGAUGUUAUGGAGGAAGAGAAAACGACAACAACAACAGCAUUGGGUAUUUUUAUGAUGCUUUACAACAAGAAGACAAGGAUCUUACAUUAUAGUUUUUACCUGUGGAUUUAUAUGUGAAUCAAAUAAUCUGGAGAAUUAAACACUUCCCAUUCA